GCGAUUGUUUCCUAGGGGAAGGAAAACAUUGACGGACCAGUUCUUGAGCGGGACAUUUUCAUUUUCUGGAGCAGCUCAUCAACUUUUACAGCAACAGUGAAGCGUUUUUCAACAUUCAAGCGUAGUGUCAGGUCACACAUCACCUCAUAUAACCAUGAAGUUCAGAUCAAAAAUGACCGACGUGGGAUGCCUGAAUCAUUUUACUCGUGUUGUAAAUACCAUUGCAAAGCUGAACAAGACCUGCAUCCUCCGGCUUACUCCAGACAACCUCUUCUUUGUUCUUGCUGGAAAAGUGGCCAAUGGUGGAGUCAGUAUGUGGUGCGAAUUAUUACAGGUGAACUUCUUUGAGGAGUAUCAGAUGGAGGGUGUGUCCCCAGAUGCCAAUGAGAUAUGCCUGGAGGUAGCCCCAGACAACCUGUCCAGAGCCUUGAAAACAGCACAGUGUGCCAAAGCUGUCAAGGUCAAACUCACCAAGAAGCAUUGCCCCUGUCUAACCAUUGCAGCAGAACUACCCUCAUUGUCCAGUGUCAGUCGCGUUGUCACACAUGAUAUUCCAGUGGAUGUCAUACCCAGAAGGAUGUGGCAUGAUUUCAAGGAGCCCACCAUGCCUGACUUUGAUGUGAGUAUAUAUUUGCCUCCUCUCAAGACGAUGAAGAAUGUUGUGGACAGAAUGAAGAAUCUGUCCAAUUACUUGGUCAUUGAAGCAAAUCUUAGUGGUGAAAUGAACCUGAAAAUUGAGACAGACUUGGUUUCUGUCACAACUCACUUCAAAGACCUUGGAAAUCCACCUUGGGGGGAUGAUGCGUCUCAGAGCAGGAGCCAGAGCCGUGACCCUGAGGCCAUGGCCUAUACCCGUGUGGACAUUAGAAAGCUGCAGCAGUUCCUCGCCGGCCAGCAGGUCAACCCCAGCAAAGCCAUGUGCAAUAUUGUGCACAAACGAAUUGUCCAUUUGAUUUUCCUACACGAGGAUGUCUCCCUGCAGUACUUCAUACCCGCUGUGGCAUGAGCUGGCGUCAGCUGACCCGCCCUUAAAGUCUCCAGAGUUCUAUAAUAUGGCAUGUGUCCCAUCUCAAGACAAGCAAGCCUGUAAACAUAUUGUGCAAACUUCCUGCCUUGUGACAUGCCAGCGGAUGAAUUCCAGCGAAUCAGUUCCCCGGGUGUCUAUUCUGAGGUGAAUCUUUCCCCUGAAUCAACAAGGCAGGAAGUUUUGCACAACAUGUUUAUAGGCUUGCUUGCCUUUAGGAAGUUGUGAAAGACUGAUCAAUUGAAGCAGUUCAGCUGUGAUGCGUUGAUGUAUUUCUCACCAUUGGUGCAUUGUGCCAAUAGGAUUUUGAGGCCUUGCAUAACAAAUUGUAUACACUGUUCAAUACAUAUUUAUUUUCUUUAUUAAAUUAACGUUUAAUUGUCUA